CAGUUUAUGGAUCCAUAAAUGGAAAAUUUAAUAUACAAUCGAAUGUAAUUUGGAUAUAAGAGGUGAUGUGAAGUUAGUCACUACCCUGUUGGUCGGUUUACACGGCUAACUUUGCUCGAUUCGCGUCCAUGAUUGGUUACCUGAAGUUCCGGUUCCAAUUUUGAGAUGAGCGCACACGAAGGGGUUAGUUGCGAUUCCUGCCUCAAAGGCAACUUCCGGGGGCGACGUUACAAAUGUCUAGUCUGUUAUGAUUAUGACCUUUGCGAUACCUGCUAUGAAGCUGGGGCCACAAACACUAGACACACUACUGACCAUCCAAUGCAAUGUAUUUUAACACGAGCUGACUUUGAUUUGUUUUAUGGCGGAGAAGCGCUUUCUAAUGAUCAUCCACAGUCAUACACUUGCCCAUAUUGUUCACGUAUGGGAUACACAGAAGCUACUCUUCAAGAACAUGUCACUGCUGAUCAUGCAGAUACUUCUUUUGAAGUGGUUUGCCCGGUGUGUGCCGCGAUGCCAGGUGGGGACCCCAAUCUGAUGACGGACGACUUCGCCGGUCACUUGACUCUGGAGCACCGCACGGGGCCCCGGGAUCUCAUCUCCUUCCUUGAUGAGCCGAUGGCGACGCGCCACAAUGUGCGUCGCGUUACCCAUUCGGCGCACUUGGCCGGGGGUACCAGGGGCGGCCAAACCUCAAGACCACGUCGGUCCAACAUGCAUUUCAGCGUAUUUGGAUCUGGUGGGUUGACCUCUGUUUCUCCUUCGUCCAGGGAAUCCGUGGAUCCGAUUGCAGAAUUGCUCUCGCAGUUAUCUGGAGUACGUCGCUCAACUAGUAAUACGAAUAGCACCCCCAGUCAGCUUCAGCAACUACAGAUGCAACUUCAGCUCGAACGACAACAGGUGAACGCAGCCCGACAACAAUUAGAAAGAAUGCCACGUAGACAAAAUCAGUCCCAAAACACUUUGAGGGAGGCAGCCUCUUCAGCGGCUAGCCCUGGUUAUGGCUUCCUGAUAAACCCAAGCGCAUCUCAAUCGCAGCCUUCGAAUACCAAUUCAUCGGCUACUCCGCAAGCAGCUAACCACUUCCUCUUGGAAAACCUUUUAGAAGAGCUUUCCCUCCAGAAUAGCGCAGAACCAGACGAUAACAGUAUAAGAGAAUUUGCUGAGGAGUUAUUAUUGGCUACCAUGACCCAGUUAAAAGAGGAUCAAAGAGAGUCUGAAAAUGGACGAGCAAUAACAGAUGAACCGCAGGCGGUUCAAGUGGUUAAUGUACCUCCCGUAACUUUGAAUGGUGGAAGAGAUGGACAUACCGGAAGGAUUUUGCGUGGAAGGGCUCGAUCAGAUGGUCAUAACGCAUCCAGACGAGCCGAUGCUAAUAAAUCUGUAGAUAGCAUUAGGCUUAAACAACAACCGCAGCCCGAUCAACCGCAUUUGGGCAACAGAUAGUCAAAGAAACGCGCGCCGCUCUACUAAUGUGAUAGCCUGCAUUACUUAACAAAGAAGAGAUCGCGCCCUAGCGGCUGCACGAGAAACCGUAAUAUAACACAUCUAUAUUUAACGAUACUGUAUAUUUUCUCCAAACGAUAUACCAUGUGUGGCGAUUUCGAUUGUUUUCCAUAUGUACCGCAUACCUUUCUUUACACUCGUGCGUUAUCGCUAUGUGGGUGUCUAAGGCCCCCCUCGUUGCGUAGUAGCGUUUUGCACGCAACCCCCUUUUCAAUGCAGCCAUAGCUCAUUGGCGAGCUAUGGCCCGUUUACAGCUGGUUCCUUAAGUUUGUCUUUAGUUUUUUUAUACACGCAAAACAAAUUUUUGUUUUGUACAAAGCUUGUAUGGAGUUUGUUAAAAUAA